GCGAGGUACGGCAAAAAAGGCCGAUCGCUCUCCCUUCUUUCCCUUCCUUAUUUAUCCGAGUAGAGCGAGGGAGCGGGAGGGAGAGGUCGCGUUUUCGCUUAUUUAGUAACUUUCACGUGAAAGAGCGAGUGUGCGGAAAGAGGUGACGGAAGAAGACGGAGCGUGUGAAGCCAGCGAUCUUCUCUAGGGACGGAGACGGAGAAAACCGCCUUUGCUUUUAUCGGUUUUUUUAAUUUCUUGUUAUUCUUCUUCUUCCCGUGGUUCGGUUUCUGUUCUUGAGUCUGCGGAGGGAGGUCGACGAAUGGCGAUGGAUGACACGGAGAGCUGCAGCAGCAGGGCGGUGGAGUCGUCGCCGACUCACGGCCAGCCGCAGCACCGUCACAAGCUUGAGGUCUUCGCGGAGGUGCUCCGGCGGCUCAAGGAGUCGGGAAACGAGGAUGUUAAUCUCCCGGGAUUCGAGGACGAGCUUUGGAACCAUUUCAAUCGGCUUCCUCCGCGUUAUGCGCUGGAUGUCAAUGUGGAGAGGGCAGAAGAUGUUCUCAACCACAAGAGGUUGCUCCAUUUGGCAAAGGAUCCUGCCAAGAGGCCAGUAUUUGAUGUUCGCCUUGUUCAGGUUGUGACCCUCGGUGAUGGGAAGACCGGUUGUCUGCCACAAAGCUCUCCGGAGGAAGAGGACGGACAAGAUUCCUCUAGCUGCAUGAUUAGACACAGUAUACAUCCACCACCUGCCUUCGGCUCGUCACCAAACCUUGAGGCCCUUGCUCUCGAAGGCAAUGGAUGCAAGGAGGAUGAUGAUAGCACUGUGAAUGGAAAUUGCUUGCUUUUUAGGCCAAUGCAUGAGGUCACAUUUUCAACAGAUGACAAGCCAAAGCUGCUUAGUCAGUUAACUUCAUUGCUUGCUGAAAUUGGACUGAACAUACAAGAGGCGCAUGCUUUCUCUACCACAGAUGGUUACUCUCUUGAUGUCUUUGUUGUGGAUGGAUGGGAAUAUGAGGAAACUCAACGCUUGAGAGAGGCUAUAGGGAAAGAAAUUGCAAAGAUUGAGAAGCAAGCCUGGUCAAAGCCUCAAGGAUUGCCCAUAUUGACUGAACAAGCCGAUGAACUACCUGUAUUUGAUCAUGUAAAAAUACCAAAUGAUGGAACUGAUGUAUGGGAAAUCGAUUUGAGAUUGCUGAAAUUUGAGAAAAAAAUAGCAUCUGGAUCAUACGGUGAUCUUUACCGAGGAACCUACUGUAGCCAGGAUGUUGCUAUUAAGAUUCUCAAGCCCGAGCGUGUUGAUGUUGAUAUGCAACGUGAGUUUGCUCAGGAGGUUUUCAUUAUGAGAAAGGUGCGACACAAAAAUGUUGUACAGUUUAUUGGUGCUUGCACCAAGCCUCCAACCCUGUGCAUAGUGACAGAGUUUAUGUCUGGUGGGAGUGUCUAUGAUUUUCUGCAUAAGCAAAAGGGUGUUUUUAAAUUGCCUGCAUUGCUUAGAGUGGCAGUUGAUGUCUCUAAAGGAAUGAAUUAUUUACACCAGAAUAAUAUAAUCCAUAGAGAUCUCAAGGCUGCCAAUCUUCUGAUGGAUGAGAAUGAGGUUGUCAAGGUUGCAGAUUUUGGAGUUGCCAGAGUUCAAGCUCAAUCUGGAGUUAUGACUGCAGAGACUGGAACAUACCGGUGGAUGGCACCUGAGGUUAUAGAGCAUAAGCCUUAUGACCGCAAGGCAGAUGUCUUCAGUUUUGGGAUUGUACUGUGGGAGCUGAUGACAGGAAAGCUUCCAUAUGAUUAUUUGACUCCAUUGCAAGCUGCUGUAGGUGUAGUUCAGAAGGGACUAAGACCAACCAUUCCAAAGAACGUACAUCCAAAGCUUGCAGAACUGCUUGAGAAAUGCUGGCAGCAGGACCCAACAUUGAGGCCGGAUUUCUCUGAGAUCAUCGAGAACCUGCAGAAAAUAGCCAAAGAGGUUGGAUGUGAAGGUGAAGAUCGACGCAAAGAGAAGUCAACUGGCGGAGGGUUUCUAUCAGCUUUCAGGCGGACAGCUGCUAGUGGUCACUGACUGAUGAGCGAAGCAUGGCAUGUUAGAUGCCCUGCUUGUGUUUGCCUUAACCGUGGCCUUUAUCUGAAGUGUACAGUGCUUCCCAUUUCUGAUGAUUAGAAGUUUUCUUGGGGUUUCAUUCGUUGGUUAUGGCAUUUUGUUGCCCUUCGUGUAACAUAUCUAGGCUGGCAUUCUUACAGAGUUAGUGCAGUCGCUUGAUUGUUUCUGAACACUAUGAAAUAAUGCGUUUUGGAAAAUAUGAUCAGUUAACAUGUUCUUAUUC